AUGAUGGCUGACGAUAAGCAAGAGUGCAACUGCUCAACUGCAACAUCAGCUUCAGCCAAACUCCCGAGUGAGUCGAGUUUUCUGUACGGCAACAUCUGCGAUGACCUCGAGAACGUCACGGACCUCGAGGUCAAGGUCACCUGCGGCACCGACCUCUACCUGCCGCCGUUUCUCUUCGCUCUGGGCAUCGUCAGCAACGUCUUCGUCGUUCUGGUCAUGCGCGGGGCGGCCUUCCGGUCGCUGUCGACGUCGUUUUACAUGAUGGUCAACGCCGUGACGGACGGUGCCAGCCUGCUGGUCAACCUGCCGGCUCACUACCUGUACGUCAACUUCCACACCUUGUUCCGCGGCGUGCGGGCGGGGAACUACAUGUGCGCGUUCUUUAACGUGUUCGGCUGGGGCACCAGCGACCUCGGGAUUCUCUUCACGGUUGCCAUGACAACCGAAAGAGCCAUCGCCAUCAAGUACCCGUUAAAAGCGCCCUCCCUGUGUACUCCCCGCCGGGCGAAGUUCGUCGUUCUGGGAUUGACGGUGUUUGAACUGGUCAAGCUGACCCACAUGGCGUUCAGGUCGGUGGUUGCCGUCAACACCACCACUCACCUGUGUGACGUCGACCUCGGCGACCCGAAAUUCGCCUUCUACGCCCAGGAAAUCUUCCCGUGGUUCCACGCAUGCGUGUUGAUCGUCUGCUACACGACGACCAUCGUCGGGAACGUCGUGAUCGUUCGGAACAUCCGGAAAUCCAACACGGGAAAAUCUACCGAAGGCCUCGGGAGAAAAAUCUUCACCAAACCCAGCUCACAGAACAGGCAGCUGUCAAUCAUGUUAGUUGUAGACUCGUCAUGUCUAAUCGUCUGCACGCUUCCCUACGCUCUCUUCAACAUCCUCCAGCGCCAGUUCGCCCUCCUGCCUGACGGAGCGGGCGGGAAGAACCUGACAGCCACCGCGUCCUUCUACCUGCUCUACGUCAACCGGUGCCUGAAUUUUUUCCUCUAUUGCGUCAGCGGUUCCAGAUUUCGUCAGGAAAUUAAAAAUCUAUUCCUCCGAUCGCCGCUAACCUCUAGCAGAUUAAAUCUUGCACGAUCUCAGAACGGUUUUAACAGUUCCGAAAGUGGGUCAAGACGCUCCAAUGGUUCUAACUUUGCCAACAACCCCGCUAUUGUUAGCUCCCCUGAUCCCCCUGUUCCUCAAGCGGGGCCUUCUUAUAUACAGAGUGAGACCCCCUUACAUCCAGAUAAACUUAUAACAUGUUCAGAAUCUGAAGGUGAGCGGUGUCUAGAUCAGGCGCAUGACAACUUAGCGUUCACGUCGGAUACACUGAGUAUACCAGCAGUUCAUAAAAACGACGAAAUUAGCGUUAAAUCCUCAACGCACACAAAUCAGAUAUACUCCAUUACGUGA